ACAAACAGAUAUCAACAUUCGACAUUUAAUGUUCGUAAAAACAAACACAUACCUAGUUUGAAUUUUACUAAAUGAAAUAAACAACAAACGUAAAAUAAUUUAUUCUUCAAACGGCCUCGGUUGGGGUUGUAACAGGAAGUAUGAGGUGGACUGUACAUAUUGAAGGUGGACCUAGACGGGUUAAUCACGCAGCUGUGUGUAUUGGUGACAAAAUAUUUUCCUUCGGUGGAUAUUGUUCAACUGAAGAAUACAAAGAUUGGGAACCCAUUCCAGUUCAUAUAUUAGAUACAUCAACAUUAAGAUGGGCAGCCGUCAAUUACAAAAAAAAUGAGGUUGUUCCUUUCCAAAGGUAUGGCCAUACAGCAGUUGCAUAUGGACACAAGGUAUAUAUGUGGGGUGGAAGAAACAAUGCUGUAGCUUGUGAAACUCUAUCUUGCUUUGAUACUAAAAAAUUAGAAUGGAGUUCACCUCCAGUAACUGGAAUGCUGCCUUAUGCAAAGGAUGGACAUUCAGCUUGUGUAAUUAGAAACAAGAUGUAUAUCUUUGGAGGUUUCGAAUAUCUGACGGAUCAGUACUCUCAGGAUGUCCAUUGUCUAGACUUAGAUACAAUGCAGUGGAGGUUUAUUAAUGUUCAAGGCACAAUACCUUCUCACAGAGACUUUCACACUGCGUUGGCAUAUAAUGAUAGAAUGUACAUCUAUGGAGGCAGAGGUGACUUGAACAGUCCAUAUAACUCUGAAGAGGAAGUAUAUUGUCCCCAAGUUUAUUAUUUAGAUACAGUUACUGAAACUUGGGUAAAUGUAAAUGCUAAUGGAUCUUGGCCAGAGGCGCGGCGCAGCCAUUCUGCUUGGCUAUAUAAAGAUUUUAUGUACAUAUUUGGUGGAUUGAAUGCUAAAACAAAGACUCACUUCAAUGACCUUUACCGAUAUUCUAUAAAUGGAAAUUAUUGGGAAUACCUUAAUGUCUGUGGUGUAGGACCUUGCAAGAGAAGGCGACAAGCUUGUCUUAUUUUUAAGGAGAAAGUAUAUAUAUUUGGAGGAACAAGUCCCUGUUCUCAUAACAAUAACAAUAAUAAUAGACCAGUGGAUGAUGCAGAAGAUAAUCAUGAGAGACUGAUUGACAAUAGUGAUCUCCAUGUAUUAGAUUAUGCACCAACAUUGAAAACCCUAAGCAUUCUCUGCGUCUUGGAAAAUAAUUUGGAUCAAUCAUCACUCCCACGAGAUAUUAUAAUUGAUAUCAGAACAAUGACAUUGCCAAACAGGAUUAGCAGGCCCAUUAAUCAAGCAGGUUAAAUCGAGAAUAGAUAGCAACUUAUAAUAUAUAAUUGCAUGUACAACAUUAUAUAAUUGAUGGUUGUAUCACCAUACAUUUUCUACCCUGUCAGUCUCUACUGACUUGGUCGUAUAUCAGGCAUUUUUAUUAACCUUUUGAAAUUUAAAUUGUAAGUAAAUGAGAUUAAUUUCUAUAAUAUUGUGGAAUAUACAUACAAAUAUUAUCUAAAUUCUUAAUCUAUAUAAACAAUUUACAAUAUUUAAUUAGCAAAAAAAUUUCGUGUUCAGAAUUUUGUUAAAGAUUGUUUAAAUAUAUAAAAUUCCAAACUAAAUACAUACUUAUAUAAAUAUCUCCUAUAUAAAAAUAACUAAAGAAACAAUAAAUUGAAAAAAUUCAACAAUUCAUUUUUUUUGUAUUAUUUA